UUCAAAACAAUUCCCACACUAUCUUUCCUCCACAUUAAAGUAAAGUAUCUCUCUCUUUUUUCUCCUACGUACUCCAUAGUGAUGGCUUCAUCGCUUCUGACAUCUUCCGUUAUGAUCCCUACCACCGGUUCCACCGUGGUUGGCCGGUCAGUGUUACCCUUUCAAUCUUCCCUGCACUCUCUCCGCCUGACCCAUUCGUACAAGAACCCCGCAUUGUUCAUCUCAUGUUGCUCUUCUGUGUCCAAAAAUGCGGCAACUAGUUCUACUGAUCUCAAACCCGUUGUGGAACGGUGGCCGGAGUACAUACCGAACAAGCUUCCCGACGGAAACUAUGUGCGUGUAUUCGACACGACGCUCCGUGACGGUGAACAAUCUCCUGGUGGAUCCCUCACUCCGCCGCAGAAGCUAGAGAUUGCCCGACAGCUCGCUAAACUCCGAGUAGACAUCAUGGAAGUCGGUUUUCCGGGAUCAUCUGAAGAAGAGUUAGAAACCAUUAAGACCAUCGCCAAGACUGUGGGGAAUGAGGUGGAUGAGGAAACAGGUUACGUCCCUGUGAUAUGCGCCAUAGCUCGAUGCAAACAUAGAGACAUUGAGGCGACUUGGGAGGCGCUGAAGUACGCGAAGAGGCCAAGGAUACUCGUAUUCACAUCUACUAGUGACAUUCACAUGAAAUAUAAGUUGAAAAAGACUCAAGAAGAAGUGAUUGAGAUGGCCGUGAGUAGUAUUAGGUUUGCUAAAAGCUUGGGCUUCAAUGACAUCCAGUUUGGGUGCGAAGAUGGCGGCAGGUCGGACAAGGAUUUCCUAUGCAAGAUUCUAGGAGAAGCCAUAAAAGCCGGUGUUACGGUGGUGACCAUCGGUGAUACGGUAGGGAUCAACAUGCCACAUGAAUACGGGGAACUCGUGACUUAUCUCAAAGCAAACACCCCUGGAAUUGACGAUGUUGUCGUCGCUGUUCAUUGUCACAACGACCUUGGUCUUGCAACCGCCAACUCAAUCGCCGGUAUACGUGCGGGAGCAAGACAGGUCGAAGUAACUAUCAACGGAAUUGGUGAAAGAAGUGGCAAUGCGUCGCUUGAGGAGGUCGUGAUGGCUUUGAAAUGUCGAGGGGCAUAUGUGAUCAAUGGGGUUUACACAAAAAUAGACACACGCCAAAUCAUGGCUACCAGCAAGAUGGUUCAAGAGUACACGGGCUUGUAUGUUCAAGCACAUAAGCCCAUAGUUGGAGCGAACUGUUUUGUUCAUGAGAGCGGCAUUCAUCAGGAUGGAAUAUUGAAAAAUAGGAGUACUUAUGAGAUCUUAUCACCAGAAGAUAUUGGGAUUGUAAAAUCUCAAAAUUCCGGCCUUGUUCUUGGAAAGCUUAGUGGACGUCACGCUGUGAAAGAUCGGCUGAAAGAGUUGGGAUAUGAACUCGAUGAUGAGAAAUUGAACGCUGUCUUCUCACUAUUCAGAGAUUUAACCAAGAAUAAAAAGGUUUUCAAUUUCUAUAUAUUUUGUAUCUCCUCGUGCACAUGCAUGCAAUACGGUUUAACUAACAAAUUUAAUCAUAUAUGGUAUAAGAAUGUAAGAAACGAACUGAUUUUAAAGUUUUAGAAAAGAAAAUCUCAAACUUUUAUUUUGAAAAAAUAUCUCGAACUUAAUGUGUUUUCAUUUGUCAAAAUUUUCAGAGAAUCACGGAUGCUGAUUUGAAGGCAUUAGUAACAUCUAGCGAUGAAAUCUCUUUGGAGAAAUUAAACGGCGCUAACGGUUUAAAGUCUAACGGCUAUAUACCAGUUCCUCAGGUUUCAUCGAAUGUGUAAACACGUUGUAUCUCUUGUAUAUUUGUGUACCACAGUAAUAUCAAUUUCCAUUUGAUAAUGCCGUUUUUGUUGUAAUGUAUUAAAAACAGUAUUAAAUAAAAGGAACUGCUUUAUUUCCUAAUACAUC